UGGGUUCGAGCCCUUCUUUGACCCGAGGGGGGAUCAGUACAUGUACAGCCGUAUCCUCAACUGCGACUACGAGUUUGUGUCUCCGUGGUGGGACGAGGUCUCCCUCAAUGCCAAGGAUUUGGUCAGUAAGCUGAUCGUCCUCGACCCUCACAAGCGCCUCAGUGUCCGAGAGGCUCUGCACCACCCCUGGGUGCUGGGCAAAGCCGCCCGCUUCUCCCACAUGGACACCACCCAGAGGAAACUACAGGAGUUCAACGCUCGACGCAAACUUAAGGCUGCCAUGAAGGCCGUCGUGGCCACCAGUCGGAUGCACGAGGGCUCGCGGCGUCGUACUGACAGCUGUGAGAUUCCAGGCUCGGGGACAUCCAGGCAGAGCAGCAUGCAGCAGGACCCACCCCCAGAGUCAACAAGCCCCGCCCCUGCAGACAAAGAGGCCCUGCCCCCUGAUCAGCAGCUCCCUCAGGAAGACGGAUCAAAGCCCGGCGACCAAAGUGCCCUCAGCCCCUCCCCUCCAUGCAGCCCCAAACCACCCACCUCUGAUGUCACGCCCACAGGCCCCGCCCCCAUCAGACCACCGCUUCGUGUCGACGGGCUACGUCAGGCGUCCGUCGUCUCCAAAUCCAUGCUGGUUCAGCCCCGACUGCCGCAGAAGAGCUACUCCGUGGUAGGGCCUGCCGCAAGGGUUGAGGCCACGCCCUCGGUGGCCACGCCUCCGAAUCCCAACACCCUCAGCAACGGCUUCAUGCCGGGGGCGGAGCCAGCCAGUAAGACCGCCCACUGCCAGUGAUUUCCUGACAAACAGAGCGGAGACGCUUCACUCUGCUUCAGUUUCACACAAAAAUCCCAGAAAUAACGAGGUUCAGCCUUCCAUUAACUCUAAAAUCAUUUAUUGGGACCAAAUAACACCAGAACCUAAAUAAUCUGUAACAUCCAGAGCACAUUUAACUAGUACAACUCACAUCUCUGUAGCUCUGCAGCUAACAUGCUAACAGAUAUGUCCUCACUGAGGGUUUGUGGGGUGCUUUUGCAGCCUGGACAGUUUAGCUGCAGGGUUUCAGUACGAAGGCUGGAGAUGAUUCAGGACGUGAAAAACAAAAAGCACUUGUCCCACAUUAGGACUUACGAGUGAUUUAAUCUGCUCUUGUUGCUGUGGUAAGAAAAACAACUAGGCGCGUCAAGAAGUGCUGCCACUGGCUUUACAUAGACAGAAAGAAAGGCUUCUCUCGUUUAAACAUCAUUUAGAUUUUCUUAUGACUCUUUCUGUCUUCUAAUAAAUACAGACGUAUUUAGAGAUAAUUGUUAAAACAUGUAAAAUGCUAGUUUUCUAGCUGCAAGCAAAACGACAAAUGUUUUAACAAUCUGAUUCACAAUUUCUCUAUCUGGUAAAUUUGCCAUAUUGCUGGAGAAUUACACCUUUUUCUUUAUAAAAAUACAUUACAAUCUUAAUUAGUGUUGGAAAGGUUAUUUUCUAAAUGUAAUAGGUAAUCGAUUGUGAUGCAAUUUAAAAUGUAAUAGUUAAAUUACUUUAUUAAAGUAAUGUAACUUAUUAAAUUUAAGUACUUUUUGAUUACUUUUCUAAAUUUCUAAUGAAUGUUUUCGGCUGUUAAUCAUUUUCUAAAGACAGCUUGAGAGGCAGUUAAACUGGCAGAUGGGCGGAGAACCAAUCAGAAGCAUCAGAACAGCUGCGGCUGGAAACAGCAAAGGAAGACAGUGUGCACAUGAAAAACACGCAAAGCAACAAAAUAAUUAUUAUUAUUAUUCAACAUAUAGCCGAGCUUAUUACUGAAAAUAUUCAGAUGUAACCCCCCAGUGUAAUCAUUAACGUUUUCAGGAGUAACUGUAAUUUAAUUUCACAUGUUUUUCCAGUAACUCUUACAGAUAUUUAUUUUCUGAUUCAAAUAUGUAAUGAAAUUACAUGUAACUAGUUACUCCCCAACACUGAUCUUAAUCAUAUAAUAUGUAAUUUAUUGUUAUAAUUGAAAGUCGCGAAUUACAGACAGCAGUAAAGACUUCUUCUGCUAACUCUUGCUACUUCAGUCUAGCUAGCAUCUCUUAGCUAAGAUAGCAUGCUAGAUAACACUUUGGGUUAACCGAAGAACUUACUGGACUCCUGAGUUGACCUGAAGCUGGAACACAUCAGCAUCAACAAACACAAUGCUGCUCCGGUGAAUCUUUAACAUGUUAAAGUUCAGUCAUAGCAGCAUUUUAAACCAAGCAAACAAAAUUUGCUAACUGAGAGUAGCAGCUAGCUUAGCGGGCGGCCGUGUGUAGCGGGUUAGCAGUUAGCUUGGUACCUAGCUCACCACCGAGCCAUGUAGUAAUUGCUUUGUCAGGAGAACUCCACAUAUUGUGCAAAGACGACGUAGUGAUGAGGCAACUUUCUGUUGGGAACAGGACUUAACUUCUGUGGCAUGUUAGCUUGUUAGCUGGCUCUCCCCUCCUGAUCAUUGAACUAGACUCCUCAUGACAGUCUCACGUCAUGUGACAAUAUCCCACUGCAUUUGUGAAGCAUGCUAACCAUCAGAAAAGCUUAAACUCCUCAAACUAAAACUUCCUGUGUUUGGUUGCUCUUCUUGCCACAGUAACCGAGGUUCAGCUCUCGGACUGAAGUGUCGUGUAAAUUAGCCCGUUUGCAACCAGAUGAAGCUUUGCAUUGAUCUGUGUCUGGAUACCUUACCUGGAUGAUGACGCCCGAUCACAGACCUUCACAUCUGCACCGGUUUAUUAUUCUAACUAUGCUAACUUUGCACUCGCCACCUCCGGUGUAGAGAUUCAGAAAAACUCAUGUGUACUGGGUCAAGCAGGCUCCUAAAGCUUUCAAAGUAAACAUCAAAAAGAUUUGAGACACUUCAUCUGUAGCAGCUGCACAGGGAUCUAUUCAAGUCAACAUCAUUUAUAUAUCAAAAAAUCACAAAUCUUCCUCCACGUCUAGCUAUUCCUGCCCUUUAUAAUAACAGAGCACCUUCAGUGGCGUCUAAAUAAUGACAGCAGCCUGACUGUAAGUGUUCUGCUGCAUUAAUAUGAGUUGUCAUUGAUCCAGAUCAAAUAGGUUAAAGGGGGUCAAACAUUUUUAGUGACUGUGCCGGAUUCUCCUACAUUCAGGAGUGUAAUCCAGAUCACGGAACCUCAGUCUGAUUGGUGCUGGUUUUGUCUGCAGCUUUAUUUUGGUCACAAACUUAGUCCCGUCUGUAGUUUACUGUCACUUUAAAGGAACUGUUCAACAUUUUGAGAAAUACACUUUUUCACUUUUUUUGAGUUCAUCAAUCUCAUGUAUGUGAGUUGAGUACAGAUCUGGCGUCCGGAGCUGCGUCUCAGUUCUUCCUUCACUACACCAACAUGCAGUACUUGGUGUACUUAGUUGCAUAGUGAGUUCAUUUCGGCAUUACGUUUGUCUCAAAUCGAAGGACGUGGUGCGCUAACCGGAAAUGACAAUCACAGCAUUUGGACGCUACUUGUUCUCCUUCUUCUUCAUGGUAAAUUCUAACCGGACGGAUUGACAUUACUAGACAACCUAAAUCUGCCGGCUUGACUUCCAGUCAGUUUUAUUAAUAAAGAA